AUGAAGUGUAAACUUUCGAAAAAAGCCCAGGCAGCUUGUCGAACAGUGAACCAUUUGAGGGAUUACGCUAACAAAUGUAUUGAACUUGGUGUCCCUGUACCUUUUGCAGCUGAAAUAACAAGGGACGCUAAAAACAUAGCAGAAACAGUGAAACUAAAAGAGAAAGAAGACAGACCCAGAUGUCACCGGUGUGAUUUAGAAUUCAGUGGGGUUAAGACUGUUCUUUUGAAACUUUCAGAUUUGCAGAAAAAGGCCAAGAAAAAAGGAACGAAAGUACAGGACAGGCCUGUGCAAUUGUUAGUGAUUUGUAAGGGAUGUGGAGCCAAAAUGGUGGGAGGUAUGUUACCAUCACUGGAUACUGAGAAACGACAAAUUGAAGAUGAAUGUCCCAAGACGUUUUCAGCAAUCCCCGUACAGCUAAAUUCAUCCCAACAGUCCCUGAUACACUGUUCUCCAAAAAUUUCAUCUUCUGCUCGCCGUCGAAAGCCAGCAUCAAAGUUGCAACAAAUUUUGUCUGCCCAGACAUCAACAUCGAAUAACAGCAGCUUGGAAAAUUUUUUGGAAACUUUUAAAAUUAACACUUGA